AUGUCGAUAUCCGACCGAUCAUCCAUCACCAACGGCGGCGCCACACGCGAGAUCGAGAAUGAGAAUGAGAAUGAGAAAUCAGUCAAUGAGGCUACCGCCGGGAGAGGAAAACAUCUCGGCGUCACCGGCCCCGAAUUAGAAGCCUACAAUAUGGACGCAGGGCGAUCCAAACAAAGCGACGGCAAAGUCGAACUGACCGAAGACGACGCGUACGACAAACUAGGCUACGCAUUCCCCGACUGGAAGAAAUGGAUGAUCCUGGUCGUGAUCCUCCUGAUCCAGACCUCCAUGAACCUCAAUGCCAGCAUCUACGCCAACGGGGUCGACGGCAUGGCGUCGAAAUACAGCAUCAGCAAACAAAAGGCCCGCGUCGGCCAGAUGGUGUUCUUGGUCUGCUACGCCUUCGGCUGUGAGCUGUGGGCGCCGUGGUCCGAGGAAAUCGGGCGCUGGCCGACCCAGCAGCUGUCCCUGUUUCUCGUGAAUAUCUGGCAACUCCCGGCCGCGCUGGCGCCCAAUUUCGCCACCAUUGUCGUCGCCAGGGGUCUCGCCGGCCUCUCCACCGCCGGCGGGUCCGUCACUCUCGGUGUCAUCGCCGACCUGUACCAGCCAGAAGACUCCGGGUUCCAAUACGCCGUCGCCUUCGUGGUGCUGUCGUCCGUCGGCGGUGCUCCUGUGGGCGCCGUGAUCGGCGGCUUUGUCGGCCAGUAUCUGUCUCUGCCCUGGAUCUUUUGGAUGCAGCUGUGCAUCGGCGCUGCUGUGCAACUCAUCCAUUUCUUCCUGGUGCCUGAGACCCGCGCCACCAUUCUGUUGGAUCGCGAAGCCAAGCGCCGUCGCAAGAAAGGCGAAGCUCACAUCUACGGGCCGGACGAGCUGAAGAAGCCGCGCUUCCCGAUGCACGAGUUCGUGCGCAUCUGGGCCCGGCCGUUCCAGAUGUUUGCUACGGAACCUAUCGUUCUGGCGUUGUCGCUGCUUAGUGGGUUUAGUGAUGCGCUUCUGUUUACCUUUCUCGAGGCCUUCACUCCUGUUUUCAAACAGUGGGGGUUCCAGCCGUAUCAGGUCGGAUUGGCUUUCUUGUCGUCCCUCAUCGGCUAUCUCCUUGCAUAUUUCACUUACCUGCCCGUCAUUCGACACCAUAACAAGAUCCGAGCCAAUGACCCGGACAAGCUGUCGCCCGAGUCGAGGCUGUGGUGGCUACUGUUCCUGGCUCCUCUUGAGACAAUCGGUCUCUUCGGAUUUUCAUGGACAAGUCUCGGUCCGGACUACGGCAUCCCAUGGAUCGCGCCACUGAUAUUCACCGUUCUCAUUGCGAUGGCGAAUUACGGAAUCUAUAAGAGUUCCAUCGACUACAUGAUCGCCGCCUACGGGCCUUACGCGGCAUCAGCCACGGGGGGCAAUGACCUGGCUCGAGAUUUUCUUGCAGGCAUUGCCGCGUUGUAUAGUACGCCAUUCUACGAAAACAUCGGCUCGACAUAUAAACUCGAACUACCCUCCACCAUCCUCGCCUGUCUGUCCGUCGUCGUCAUCGUCCCAAUCUACAUCUUCUACUGGAAAGGCCAGUGGUUCCGCGACCGCAGCCAGUUCGCGCAGCAGCUGAACCUGGGUCGGAAGGACGCGGUGCAGAGACGGCGAAGCACGGUGUUGGGCAUAAAAGGGAGAAAUGAAUUAUCGGGUGGUGGAGAGAUUCAUGAUGAGAAAAAGACAGGAAACCCUGGAGAUAGAGAGCGGCGGAAUCUGGGGAGUACUGCGGAUAGUACUGCUGCUACUGGAGACGGCGGAGAAGGAGGAGUGAGACAUGUUGAGAGGGUUUGA